CGCGAGAGAGGACACCCCCACCCCCAACCCCGCUCGGUCCCGGCCUCCCACGGACCACGACCCCUGGCCCGAAAGAGUGGGUGCCGGGGCCGCCGAGGAGGGGUUAGGUGGUUGACUUGGUUUCCAAGGCAACGGUGUCUCGCCGCGCGUGUAAAUGCGUGUGUGCUUUUAGAAGUUUCUGCGGGCGAUGGUUCCUCCGGUUCCUUUCCACUCGCUGCUCCUCGUUUCCUCUGCCACGCACGGGGCCUUCGGAAAGCCCGUGGUACAGGAAUGAGGCGUGCGAGUUGGCUCUCCGUCUCCGGCGUGGGCUGCCUUUUGGUUAAACCUGAGAAACCUGCGGGUCUGACCUGGCCUGAGCUGCAUAAGCGUGCGGCUCCCCACCCCGCCCUUUUGUUGCUGCCGUUAGGUUCCUGGGAGAAGAGUCUUUGGCUGAAGGAGCUCAAAAAAUGGGAUGAAUUUGAAGACAUUUUAGAGGAGAGGAGGCAUGUCAGUGACUUGAAAUUUGCAAUGAAGUGUUACACACCUCUUGUCUAUAAGGGAAUUACUCCUUGCAAGCCAAGUGAUAUUAAAUCUAGUGUUCUCAGUUCCGAAGAGGUUCAUUAUGUCAUUAAACAGCUUUCCAAGGAAUCCCUUCAAUCCAUCGAUGUCCUCCGAGAGGAAGUCUGUGAGAUUUUGGAUGAGAUGAGCCACAAACUGCGUCUGGGAGCCAUCCGGUUUUUUGCCUUUGCCCUGAGCAAAAUAUUUAAACAAAUUUUCUCAAAAGUGUGUGUAAAUGAAGAAGGUAUUCAGAAACUACAACGAGCCAUCCAGGAGCACCCAGUCGUCCUGCUGCCCAGUCAUCGAAGUUACAUUGACUUUCUGAUGUUGUCUUUUCUCUUAUACAACUAUGAUUUACCGGUACCCGUCAUAGCUGCGGGAAUGGACUUCCUGGGAAUGAAGAUGGUCGGGGAACUGCUGCGGAUGUCGGGUGCCUUCUUCAUGCGGCGCACCUUUGGUGGCAAUAAACUCUACUGGGCAGUGUUCUCUGAAUACGUGAAAACCAUGUUGCGGAAUGGUUAUGCUCCUGUUGAAUUUUUCCUCGAAGGGACAAGAAGUCGCUCUGCCAAGACAUUGACUCCGAAAUUUGGUCUUCUGAAUAUUGUGAUGGAACCAUUUUUUAAAAGGGAAGUUUUUGAUACCUACCUUGUUCCAGUCAGCAUCAGUUAUGAUAAAGUAUUGGAAGAAACUCUUUACGUGUACGAGCUUCUAGGGGUUCCAAAACCAAAAGAAUCUACAACUGGAUUGUUGAAAGCCAGGAAGAUCCUCUCUGAAAAUUUUGGAAAUAUCCAUGUGUACUUUGGAGACCCGGUGUCACUUCGAUCUCUGGCAGCUGGGAGGAUGAGUCGGAGCCCUUAUAAUUUGGUUCCAAGGUAUAUUCCUCAGAAGCAGCCGGAGGACGUGCACGCCUUCGUCACAGAAGUGGCCUAUAAGAUGCAGCUGCUGCAGAUCCAGAACCUGGUCCUGAGCCCCUGGGCCCUAACGGCCGCCGUUCUACUCCAGAACCGGCCAGCCAUGGACUUCGACGCCCUGGUGGAGAAGACUUUAUGGCUCAAAGGCUUAACCCAGGCCUUCGGGGGCUUUCUCUCUUGGCCUGAUAAUGAGCCUGCUGAGGAAGUUAUCCAGUCCAACAUUCUCCUGCACUCCAACAUCGCUAGCCUCGUCAAAGACCAGGUGGUUCUGAAUAUGGACUCUGGAGACUCCGAAGUGGUCGAUGGACUUAUUUUCCAGCAUAUCACCCUCCUCAUGUGCUCGGCCUACAGGAACCAGUUGCUCAACAUUUUCGUCCGCCCUUCCUUAGUAGCUAUGGCACUGCAGAUGACCCCCGGGUUCCGGAAAGAGGAUGUCUACAGUUGCUUUCACUUCCUGCUCAGUGUUUUUUCAGAUGAGUUCAUCUUCCUUCCAGGAAACACACUAAAGGACUUUGAAGAAGGCUGUUACCUCCUCUGUAAAAAUGAGACGAUACAAGUGACGACAAGAGACAUCCUAGUUACAGAGAAAGGAGAUACCGUGCUAGAAUUUUUAAUAGGUCUCUUUAAACCUUUUGUGGAAUGUUAUCAGAUAAUUUGCAAAUACCUCCUGAAUGAAGAAGACUACUUCACUGAGAAACAGUACUUGGCUGGAGUCCGAAAGUUCGCGGGUCAGCUUCUGGAUCAAGGUGCCUCGCAGUGUUACGAUGUCUUGUCCUGCGACGUGCAGAAAAAUGCCUUAGCAGCUUUUGUGAGGCUAGGUGUGGUAGAGAAGAAGAAAGUAAAUAGUGACACUGUAUUUAAUGUGAACGAACCUGCCCUGACAAAAUUAGAAGAAAUGCUCGGUUGUAAGACACCAGUAGGAAAGCCAGUGACUGCAAAACUUUAAUAUUGCCAAACAGUUACAGGAAAUUUGGUCACAUAAUUGCUGUCAUCCAAGGACUCACUCCAGCAAGCAGGGACAUGAAGGAAGAGAGCCAUCUGCUCGUGCUUCUUAGGACAUCCUCGGGCUCAGCGGAGAGGAAGAGGUGACCGGUAGAAGGGCAGUCCGUGUAAUGCUCUCCACGACACUUAAAAAGGCUUUCGUGUCCAACUCUGUGUGUGUUUUAAAAUAAAAUAGCCUUUGGAAACAUGUUUGGAAAAACAAAUCCCAGUCCUAUUUCACUAACAGUUUUUAUCUUACCAUCACGUGUAUUAAACUUGUUGUGCCGACUUGUGAAUUACACUGUGACAUGGACACUGGUGGCGCGGCGGUCAGGAGAAAACCACCGGGAAGGGCACAGCUCCGUCUCUCGUGGCUGCCCUUCCGUGCAGAGGCCUCAGUCCUGUCCAGGUUGGGCAGAGCUGUGUAAUCACUUCGCUAGCUUCCGUAAAAGUUUGCCACCCAAGGGCCUCAUCACUAAAAGUGCUUCAGAGGAAGUACGUGCGACAAAGAGAAGUUGGUGAUGUAGCAGGAAUAGGCUUAAGGGGAAAAAAUGGGCCUAAGAAUUUGGGGGGGGGGGGUGUCUGGCUGGCUCAGUAGAGCGUGUGACUCUUGCUCUUGCUGUCGUGAAUUCAAGCCCGAUGUUGGGUGCAGAGAUUACUU